GCAGUGGGUAACAGCUGCUAGGGGGCUGUGGCGCUGAGUGAAGCGGAGCGGCAUGGCCACCAGACCUCAGCCGUUGGGCAUGGAGCCCGAGGGAUCAGCAGACCCACUCCACAGGCCUGAGGGGGCCGGAGGGCAGCAUGUGACCACGCAGAAAAUUGAAGGCUUAAUGGAAAUGGUGAAGAAGUUGCAGAAAGUGGGAAGUCUAGAGCCCCGGAUUGAGGUCCUGAUUAACCGCAUUAAUGAGGUUCAGCAAGCAAAAAAGAAAGCCAGUGAGGAGCUUGGAGAGGCCCAGACUGUUUGGGAUACCCUGCAGAAGGACCUGGAUUCAUUACACGAAGAGAAAGUACGUCUGAAGGAUAUCUUGAACAAAAAGCAAGAGACUCUGAGGAUUAUGCGGCUGCAGUGCCAGGAGAAGGAAAGCGAGGCACAAAGGAAGCACAGCAUGUUACAGGAGUGUAAAGAGAGAAUUUCUUUCCUGAACUCUCAGAUGGACAAGGAGAAGGAAAAACUAAGACAACUGAGGUUGGAUUUUGAAGAACAGCUGGAGGCUUUGAUGAGCCAGCACAAGGACCUCUUGGAAUUUCAUAAGCCUGAACAUCUGGCAAAGGAGACAUGUGCUUUGGACAGCAGCAAGGAGCAGCUACUCAAGGAAGAGAAACUGAUCGAGGUAAAGCUGGAGGAUGUGAAACAUCGGCUGUCUGCUCUGUGUGGGCCUGAGGGGUCUUCCACUCUUACUGAGGGGCUCUUCCUCCGAAGCCAUGAGGCAGCUGCAGCAAUGCAGCUGUUCAAGGAUGAGAACAAGAAAGCUGAGGAGUUUCUAGAGGCUGCAGCUCAGCAACACCAUCAGCUGCUGCAGAGGUGCCAACAGCUACAGCAGAAACGGCAGAGGCUGAAAGAAGAACUGGAAAAGCAUGGGGUACAGAUCCUUGCUCAAGUUCAGAGUAUGCAAGAUGAAGCAGACAACUCAUGGAUGAUGGCCAGUCCCAAGCCCCUAGGAGUCCAUGAGGAGAAAGACCAAGAGCACCCACCAAGCAGGACCUAAUGCCCUCUUUGACCUGGAAGGCAUGCUGACUCCAAACUCAUCAUAUGGGGCCUUUUGAAACAGAAGGGCCAUUUUGUAUAGUUUGCUUUGUCUGCGUAUAUGCUGGGUGGAAGAAUGGGUGUUGGGGCCAAGCCACUUAAAUUUUUGAACCUGGAGAUCCUUGGCUCAAUUUUGAUUCUUGACAAGCUUAGGAUCCACACUGCAGGACUUAGUAAAUGCUUUCCCCAUCUCUUGCUCACCUUUAGUAUCUGACACACUCUCUGAUUGUGGGUAGAAGGAUACAGAUCUGGAUCUUCUCACAGGAUCUGAUUCUACCCAUAAUUUAAUUCCUUCCUAGAGGCCUAGGUAGCAUUGGCUUAGAAACAAAAGGAAGACACAUCACCAGCUCUUACCUCAUGCUAGAAUCCACCUCAUUCUUCAAGAAAAAUGAAUGUAAUUUGAGUCUGUAUUGUUCAUGAGCAAGACAAUGUUGCAGGAACACCCCAAAUUAAAAAUGCUCAUUUAUUUGGGGAGCACAUAAGUGGGCAUACCCUCCCCAUCCAUCCUUGGUUCUAUUGGGUCCUUGUUUGGUUGCCAUUUGUUUUGUGGUUUUCUUGACAAGAUGCAAAUGAAAUGUACAUUCACCCCAAAUAAAUAAGGAGACACCAAAGAAAGGUUCUGUCUAAUCCAGUUUAGUGAAAAUUGUGUUAGUGGGUGAUUUACAAGAGCAUGCAUGAUGCAGAAGUGUCUAUACCUCUUAAUGAAAAGUCCUGCCCCCAGUCAGUCUUUUUCCUCUUGCAGAAUGAGGGAGUAUUGAAUGGAAUCCCAGAAGAGUAUUUUGUAAGGGUCUCCUGUGGGCCCUGUGACCCUUCCCUUCCAUGCAGAACUGAGUGCCAACAGCCCUAUUCUCAUAGACCUCCAUAAUUGCUGUGGGGUUCGUUUCAUUGCCAUGAUUUAGGGACAGGGUUUCCUACAGGUUUCCACAGUCACUGUAUCUUCAAGAUGGGUAUGGGCUUACCAAGCCCAGAAGUAUGUAUACUACAGAGCAAUAGUAAAUUCCUUAAGGCAAGACUAAUUCUCCCAAAAAACUGUAUUCCUGUUUUGUUUGUUUUGAGACAGAGUCUCACUGUGUAGUCCUGGUUAGUUUGGAAUUUGCUAUGUAGACUGGGCUGACAUCA